AGCAGGAAUCUAAUUCACUUCAUUACUGGCUGCUAGUGGAGUCAUGGCCGAGGAAAAGGACCAGACGGGAUCCUCCUGGGACGACCUGCCGCUGCCCGAUAAGUAUCCUGAACCACAUAAGGAGAACAGAGUAGGGCUGAAUGGAGAGGCAGAGGAGGGUGCUUCUGCUAACCCCGUGGAGGAAAGCACCAAAGAUCAGUCAGUGAAAUGCAGCCCGAACCUGCUGCAGAUGCUCAAGGCAGCAAAGAGCUGGCGGACAGCUCAGGGUCGGGACAGAGAAGAGGUGUCUGAGUCUGAGACAGAAGAGACAGUGGCUGAAGCUCGGAAGACUGACAUGCAGAUACAGUUCACUGACCAGAAGAAAGACUUCAACAAACGCCUCACUAAGACCGGUCGUCGCUCUCUGUCUCGUUCCAUCUCCCAGUCGUCUACAGAUAGCUACAGUUCAGUGUGCAGCGACAGCUCUGAGGAUGAGUCUUCUCCAAGAGACAAGCUUCAGAAGAACUCCAAGGGCCUUUCUGACUUCUGCGUCAAAAACAUCAAACAGGCCGAAUUUGGACGCAGAGAAAUAGAAAUCGCACAGCAAGAAAUGCCAGCACUGAUGGUCCUGAGGAAAAGAGCAGGUGGGGAGAAACCCCUGGCCGGAGCUAAAGUGUUGGGCUGCACUCACAUCACUGCACAGACAGCCGUGCUGAUUGAGACUCUGUCUGUGUUGGGGGCUCAGUGUCGCUGGGCGGCCUGUAACAUCUUCUCCACUCAGAACGCCGUGGCUGCUGCUCUGGCUGAACAAGGCACCUCUGUGUUUGCGUGGAGAGGAGAAUCAGAGGACGACUUCUGGUGGUGUAUUGACCAAUGUGUCGGUGCUGAGAUCUGGCAGCCCAACAUGAUUCUGGAUGACGGUGGCGACCUGACCCACUGGAUCUACAAGAAGCACCCGAGCCUGUUCAAGAAACUCAAAGGCAUCGUGGAGGAAAGUGUUACAGGCAUCUAUCGGUUGUACCAGCUGUCAAAGGCAGGCAAGCUGUGUGUCCCGGCCAUGAACGUUAACGACUCAGUGACAAAGCAGAAGUUUGACAACCUUUACUGCUGCAAGGAGUCCAUAGUGGACGGGUUGAAGCGAACCACUGAUGUCAUGUUUGGAGGAAAACAGGUGGUGGUGUGCGGCUACGGGGAGGUUGGCAAAGGUUGCUGUGCUGCCCUGAAAGCUCUGGGUGCUGUCGUAUACGUCACUGAAGUGGAUCCCAUUUGUGCCCUCCAGGCUUGCAUGGAUGGCUUCAGAGUGAUUAAACUGAGUGAGGUGAUCAGACAGGUCGACUUGGUCAUCACCUGCACAGGCAAUAAAAACGUGGUGGGUAGGGAACAUCUGGACAGAAUGAAGAAUGGCUGCAUAGUCUGCAACAUGGGACACUCCAGCACUGAGAUAGAGUUGGCGAGUCUGCGGACUGCAGAGCUGAGGUGGGAGCGUGUGAGGCCUCACGUGGAUCACGUUAUCUGGCCUGAUGGAAAGAGAAUCGUCCUGCUGGCUGAGGGCCGUUUGUUGAAUCUGAGCUGCUCCACGGUGCCUUCACUCGUCCUCUCCAUCACCGCUACAACUCAGGCCCUGGCUCUCAUAGAGCUGUACAGUGCUCCAGAGGGACGAUACAAACAGGACGUCUACCUGCUGCCAAAGAAGAUGGAUGAAUUUGUAGCCAGUCUUCACCUGCCGACAUUUGACGCUCACCUCACAGAGCUGAGUGAUGAACAGGCCAAGUACCUGGGCAUCAGCAAACAUGGACCCUUCAAACCCAACUACUACAGGUAUUAACGUUCUGGAGAUAAAGCUGAAAGACUUCAGACAUGCUGUUGUGGAUUUUAUUUUGAAAACCCCCUCACGGUCCUGCAGACACUGACGCCCUCUACAGUCUGAAUCUGACUCAGUAUUAUCAAGAGAGUGGAUGAGGAAUACAAACCUUUACUUUAAUUAACUUUUCUAUGUAUGAGCGCCCGUAUCUGUUUUAUGUUUUUGUUCCUUGUUAUAAAUAUUCAGUUUUCAGACUGUAAUCAGUGUAAAUUCUUAUUGAAAUGAAGAGAAACACAAAGUACUGAAUGUUAUUUACUCUUCUCCUUUAUAUAAUAACAAUACUAUUUCUUAACUGAAGCAACAAUCAAUAACAUAUAUUUAAUUUACCACAUGUAAACUAUAAGUUGACAGCAAAUAAUAUCUGCUCACAUUUGUACAUGUAAAAUAGUUUUCAUCCACUAUAAUCCUGAUUUAAAUCUAACAUCUAAACAUGACAUUAACCUUAAAUGAAGCCUCUAGUAAUGAAGCACGCAUAAGAUAUUAUAAUAAAAAGAGCAGUUUCUCCCUG